CUAAUCCUUCAACAGGUUCAUGUCCCAUUUUUUCCAUCACUGUUUUUCCACCCACAUGUUUAUCUUACAGCUCGUCGAUCAUUAUUCCAGAAUGGAGAUGAGGGGACUUUCAUGUCCCCACACAGGACAAAUAUACAGAAGAUGCACAAGAGCGAGAAACAUGUUCCGGCGAGUCGGACAAUAACAUCGUAUACAUUCAAGAGAUCAAGACAAGUUAAAGAAUGCGGAGAAUAUACACAGAAAUGAUGGGAAUAAAGUGACAUGAAUGAGACGCAAAAGAGAGUGGAGUUGUACAAUAUAUAAUGAAACCCUGAAUAACUGAAGAGGAUAGAGAGAGAGCGCGACAAACACUAGCUGAGUCCGCACGAACGCAGUGACAACCACCACACCAAAGUAUUGUUAGUAGUAAUCUGGCUUCGGUCCCUCAGGGUGAACACACCCAGAAUACAGGAUAUGAUUCGGCGCCAGCCCUGGGGUCAACUGAGAGGCCAGUUUGGCCGUUUUGCUGCCGAAAGAGGGUUCCUAGAUGACGCUCCAAUCCAUGGUCAGCUCGCGCGAUUUGCGUGCAAGCGCACUUUUGGCAAUGGUGCAGGCGAAGCCUGUUCCGCUUGGCCACCGGAAGUGUGGCAUUCAAAAACCGGCUUGAGGAACGAUCAUUUCGGGAAAAUUCUGAACCACGAGGCUCCAAUUCCGUUGCACUUCAAUUUUGCUAAGGAUGUGUUCGCUGCGCACGCGAUGGACAUCGCUACCGGGGAUUCGGAUGCGUUGGUUCACGUGGCUAAAGAUGGCACCGAGACGAGGCUUUCGUUUCACGAUUUACUGGAAUGGAGUCAGAAAAUCGCACGAUUUCUCAAAGAAGAUUGUGGAUUUCAACCAAUGAAUAGAGUGAUUGUCAUCCUGCCAAGGAUUCCGGAAUGGUGGGCUCUUAAUCUUGCAGCAAUUCAGUGUGGGGUGCUGCUGAUUCCGGGGACAGUGCAGCUGACUAGCAGCGACAUCGCGAAGCGAUUGCUGACAGCUGAGGCCCACGGCGUGAUUUGCUCCCAGGAAACCCUGGCCCGAGUCCAAGAGGCCCUGGAGAAACGGAGCCCGGCGCCGGUGCACCGCCUCCGGGCGACCAUUAUCGCCGCCAGCAGCUCGGCAACGACCGACCCUACUCCCCUUGUGCCGCCGGGAUGGAAAGUACUUCCUGGAUUACAAGACAAAGACCUGGAUCCUUUAACAGGGUACUUUCCAAGCAGAUCUGGAGACCCUUGCAACCUGUUUUUCACUUCUGGAACCACAGGGUUGCCAAAAUUGACAUUAGUGAAUCAUGUCAGCUAUGGCAUGGGCCACUGGGGAACUGGAAGGUAUCGAAUUGGGCCCUUUGAGGUGGAAUCCGCCCUCUUGGAACAUGAAGCAGUAGCAGAAUCUGCUGUUGUCGCAUCGCCGGAUCCUAUUCGAGGAGAAAUCGUGAAAGCGUUCGUCGUACUUUCAGAGUCCUACUUAGAUGUCGCUCAUGAUCCGAAGCAAACCGCGGAGCUCAUUAAAGAUAUUCAAACCCACGUCAAGACUGUCACUGCCCCAUACAAAUAUCCACGAAAGGUUGUAGAUGAAUUUGGAAACCGAUUGCCACCGAACCAGGAAGGAAUUCUCGCUUUGGACUUGCGGAAAAAUCGACCCAUUGGUUUGUUCACAAAGUAUUGGAAGAACGACGAGGCAACAGAGAAGGUUCUCAAAAAAGAUCAUUAUCUCACCGGUGAUCGUGGAUACAUCGACGAAGACGGAUUUGCAUUCUUCAUUUCCCGAGCCGAUGAUGUCAUCAUCUCGUCUGGGUAUCGAAUUGGGCCCUUUGAGGUGGAAUCCGCCCUCUUGGAACAUGAAGCAGUAGCUGAAUCUGCUGUUGUCGCAUCGCCGGAUCCUAUUCGAGGAGAAAUCGUGAAAGCGUUCGUCGUACUUUCAGAGUCCUACGCAGAUGUCGCUCAUGAUCCGAAGCAAACCGCGGAGCUCAUUAAAGAUAUUCAAACCCACGUCAAGACUGUCACUGCCCCAUACAAAUAUCCACGAAAGGUUGAAUUUGUGAGCUCGUUGCCAAAGACGAUCAGCGGGAAAAUUCGCAGAAUCGACCUCCGUGACCAUGAAGUCGGAAAGAGGCCGAUUUCAUGAAAGGAUGAAAAAACGCAUAAUUUCAAAUCCCAAUUUUUCCAUUGUGAGCUCUUUCACCCCCCUGUGAAAGAAAUAUGUCGCCAAAUUAAAGGAACGCGUGUAAAAUCAUUCGUGAAAGAAUGGCGAAAUGAAUGAGGCAAUUUAUUUUCAUCAGAGCGGUGUGACGAAUUUUAUUUCCUAUCAAACUUCCCCUUCUUCACCCA